UUUUGCAAUAGUAUUUCUUGUAAGGACUAACAAUGGGAUGAAAUGUGCCCUGAAACGGAUGUACGUCAAUAAUGAGUACGACUUGCAAGUCUGCAAAAGAGAAAUCCAAAUCAUGCGAGAUCUGUCUGGCCACAAGAAUAUUGUUGGAUACAUUGAUUCCAGUAUAAACUCAGUAAGCAGCGGUGACGUGUGGGAAGUGCUGAUAUUAAUGGACUUCUGCCGAGGAGGUCAAGUGGUGAACCUCAUGAACCAACGCUUGCAAACGGGGUUCACAGAGAAUGAGGUCCUGCAGAUCUUCUGUGACACCUGUGAAGCGGUAGCGAGAUUGCAUCAGUGUAAGACGCCAAUAAUCCACAGGGAUUUGAAGGUGGAAAAUAUCCUGCUGCAUGACCGUGGCCACUAUGUCCUAUGUGACUUUGGAAGUGCUACUAACAAAUUCCAGAACCCUCAAACAGAAGGGGUGAACGCAGUAGAAGAGGAGAUCAAAAAGUACACUACACUAUCCUACAGAGCACCAGAAAUGGUCAACCUGUAUAGUGGCAAACUUAUUACUACAAAAGCAGACAUAUGGGCCCUUGGCUGUUUGCUGUACAAGCUGUGUUACUUCACCUUGCCAUUUGGGGAGAGUCAGGUAGCAAUCUGUGAUGGCAAUUUCACCAUUCCAGAUAAUUCUCGUCAUUCGCAAGACAUGCACUGCCUCAUCCGGUAUAUGCUUGAGCCAGACCCUGAUAAGAGACCUGAUAUUUACCAGGUCUCCUACUUUGCAUUCAAAUUGGCCAAGAGGGAGUGUCCUGUCCAAAAUGUCCAGAACUCUCCAAUCCCCACUAAGCUUCCAGACCCCAUCAAAGCAAGUGAAGCUGCAGCAAAGAAGACCCAACCAAAGGCCAGGCUGACGGAUCCUAUUCCUACGACAGAAACUUCCAUAGCACCCCGCCAGAGACCUAAAGCAGGACAGACACAACCCAACCCUGGAAUUCUACCUAUUCAGCCAGCCCUGACACCUAGGAAGAGGCCCACAGCCCAAGCAGCCAUUCAGCCCCAAGUUGCAGGACCUGCCGCCCUGGGCAGCGGUCAGCCUUCGCUCCCUGCGAGCGUCCCCCAGCCAAAAGCAGCACCUCAGCAGACGCCGGUGCAGCCGCAGAGCAAGCAGGCGCCGGCUCCGCAGCAGGCCUCGCAGGCGCAGUCCCAGGUCCCUUCUACUCAGCCACAAGCCACACCUCAGCAUCAACAGCAGCUUUUCUUGAAACAGCAGCUACUGCAGCAGCAGCAACAGGCUGCAUAUUACCAGCAGCAGCAGAUAAUGCAAGCUCAGCAGUUCCCAGUGAUGCAGCAAGGAGCGCCGGCGCAGCAGCAGCUGAUGCAGAACUACUACCAGCAGCAGCAGAUGAUGGCCCAGCAGGCAGCAAUGCAGCAGAAGACAGCAGUAGCAGCAGCUCAGCAGAAGCAGCAGGCCCCAGCACCGCCACAGCCCCAGGCCCAGCAGGGUGUAGCCCAGCCAGCACCUCCGCAGGAGCAAGCGAUGCAGGCGCAAAUAAGGCAACAGCAAAAACCUCAAACCACACCCCCCGCAGCUGUGCAGGGGCAGAAGCUGGGCUCUCUCACCCCUCCGUCAUCGCCCAAGACGCAGCGUGCAGGACACAGGAGGAUUCUGAGCGAUGUGACUCACAGUGCUGUUUUUGGGGUUCCAGCCAGCAAGUCUACCCAGCUCCUGCAGGCAGCUGCUGCUGAAGCCAGUCUCAACAAGUCCAAGUCUGCUUCCACUACACCCUCGGGUUCCCCAAGGACCUCACAGCAGAACGUGUAUAACCCGCCCGAUGUCUCCACGUGGAAUCCGUUUGAUGAUGACAACUUCUCCAAGCUCACAGCUGAGGAGCUGCUGAACAAGGACUUUGCAAAGCUGGGUGAUGGGAAAGCUCCGGAAAAGACGGGCAGUUCCACAGAGAACCUGAUUCCAGGUUUCCAGCCAGCUUCAGCCGCACCCCAGGCAGAUGCGUUUGGCUCUUCCUUCACCGCUGGAUCAGCUGAAAAAACUAAAGACAUUCUGAGUUUGGACACUAGCCCUCCUCUUCUGACUGUGCCUGAUCCUUUCAUUCCUCUCCCAUUAUCCGACGCACCAGAAAAACUGAUUGAGGGACUCAAAUCUCCUGAGACUGCGCUUCUGCUCCCUGAUAUCCUGCCUCUCGCUGACCCUUUCGGUAGCACCUCAGAUGCUGUGAAUGGAAAACCUGAUGUAGCUGUUGAGAGUCUCAUACCGGGCCUCGAGGCUCCGUUGCCCCAACGCCUUGUGUCACAGACUGAGUCGGUUGCUUCCAACAGAACAGACUCCCUCACUGGGGAAGACUCCUUGCUUGACUGUUCUCUGCUUUCUAACCCUGCUGCUGACCUCCUGGAUGAGUUUGCUCCUGUAGCUUUUGCAGCUCAACCUCACAAAGAAGAUACUAACCUGAUAUCAGGCUUUGAUGCUCCUGAGGGCUCUGAAAAAGUGACAGAAGAUGAGUUUGACCCAAUUCCAGUGUUGAUAUCCAAAAAUUCACAAGGUGGGCAUUCUAGAAACAACAGUGGAAGCUCUGAGUCCAGUCUUCCCAACAUAGCCAGGUCUUUACUGCUGGUGGAUCAGCUCAUAGACCUGUAGCAGUGACACAGUAGCAGACGCAGUUUCUGUAACGUACCUAAUCCUCCGUUUUCAUUUCCAGAGGAGUUACCUUCAGUUGUGGUUCUUUUGGUUUUUUCCUUAAUUAAAAGAAAAAUAAAUCUGCCAAGAGGAGACAGUCACCCACUUUCUCCCUGUCUUCCUGUGCCCCAGGAAAAGAUUCUGUCUCAGUUCUCCAGGUAGUCCUCUCUAAAGCUGGUAAACCUGCUGUGGUUCCUUCUGCACCUGUCUUUGCUAGCCUAUGUCUAAAGGGAGCACCGUCAUUAGCCACCCUGCUGAGAUGUACACAUAGCACCAUGGAAAGCCUAACUGUAAAUGAAUUAGAUAGUUGUAGCUGAUGUAUGAUCCCUGCGUAAAACAGACUCCUUUCUCCUUAGACUAGUGUGUGAACAACUGUGUUUCAAUCUUUGCAUUUGUGUUUUUGGGUUUGGUUUUUGUUUUGUUCCUGUUUUUUCUGAUGAAUGGGCAGGAGGAAGGAGACAGGUGAAAUAGAGAGGGGCAUCCUCUCUUGUAGAAUAGAGGUUAGGAGAGCUGCUAUUUCUAAAUUGCCAGUAUAUGCUUCAGGGGAGGAAAAAGCACUGAAUUUCCCUGAACUAGUCUUGCGUAGUACCUCUGGUGAUGGUGCGUAUGAAGAGAGUUUUCCGGACUGCCCCCAACUAAUGGUUUGCUGUUUAACAAUUCUGCUUGUGAAUGAACUGCGCUUCCUUGAAGAAGAGAGGAGGAGGAAAAAAAAAAAAAAAGAAAAAGAAAAAACAGAUUGUUAAAGCUGCAAAAAUGACCCUAAGUGAAAUAGAAAAAAAUUUUGAACCAAAUAUAUGUGAGUAUGGCUGUGAUGAGCUUUUGGUUGGAUUUUUUCUUUUUUUGGCUGAAAAGGGCAUUGUGGCAGCAACAGAUGUAUUUUCUGUGAUUUCUGUGUUUGACUGGAAGAAAAUCCCCUCAAACCUACUGUAAAUUGUGUAUGAAACAAAUUGUCCUGCAGUUGUUUGUCUCCUUUUUAAUCCUGGUUUUAGUCAAGCAUCUGGUAUCUGUUCUGGGUUCCCUGUUUUCUCUUGUAACUGCAUAUAGUGCAAAACGGUUAAGUAUGGAACCUUUUUUUCAGUAGACAAAGAUUACUGUAGACUUUAUUCCACUCUUCAGUCUUUGUGGAACAAGCAUGCACUUGGUUCAGAUGGUUUGAAGUAAGUGCUGCUACAACUUGAUGGGUUUUACCUUUUCUUUUCCCUUUACAUGCUUAGUUUGUCAACUAGCUGGAUAUGCUAAACUUGUUUUCAUUGGCUUAUGAAGUCCGGAAUUUCUAUCAUGUAUUUGAAAGCUCUUUCUGAACAGAAGGACUCUUCCUCUGUAGUGGAAUAAUUAAUAGCUUACCGCUAACCUUGUGUAUGUGUAUGUAGCUGUAUUAGUAAAAGUGCAGUUUCCCAUGUGCGAAAGUAUGAACGACUGAAAUAUGUAUGUACUGACCUCUUGCUAAGAAGGAAAGAAAUCCAAGUUCGUGACUGCUCCUUUCCUAUCUCCAGUCUCUCCCCACCCUGAGACUUAGUUUAACAAAUUCUGUAAAUAGAACUACCAUCAAUCAUGUCUGCUCUCCAUUACUCUUCUUUUAAAACCUACACUUAAUAAUAAAAGUAUUGCUUAAAUGUGUUGUAUCAUUACAUGUGUAUACUGCACUUUCCAAGAGAAGCUUUACAUGAGAACUAUGGAAAUGACCUUAGUACAAUUGUGGAUAGAACUUUAUUUUUUUUUUUGUUUUAUAUUCCUAAAGCACAGGCAAGCUGGACUGGAUAACAUGAAGCUAUAGAUAGAAAGUUAUUGUAUAGUCAGAUACUGAGAAUAUAUGAAAAGAGAAUGGAUUUACAAAAGUAACCAUCUACUGUAUAUUAGAACAAAGAAUUCUGUGAAUUAAAGUACUUUUAAAGAAUGUUUAAGAUUUUAAAUCUAAUAGCACUUGUUCAAGGGUUCUGGAAAAAAUAUAAAUGCACUGGGUUGUUAAUAAUGCUAUUAAAUGAGCAGGUGUGAAUGUCCCUUUUAUUGCUUUUUCAAGUAGGUAUUCCUGGAUUUGGGUGGGAAAUAUGAUACAACGGAAGCUUACAUCUUUAGAAAUGUUUAUUUUUAGACCUGGUUCAUCAGAAAAGACUUCCCUCUUAUUUGUGAAAUGAAUGGAAAAUGCAAGAGAUGGGAAACGGGCAGAUACGUGGGAUUCAUUUUAAGCUAUCCAAAAAUGUGGUUGUCCUGCAGGCAUUAGUUUAGCGUUGCCAUGCUGCCCAAAAGUUAAGGAGGUGUGGGAAAGCUGCUGCUGUGAAGGAACAAGCUGAAUUUUCAUCCUACGUGCACGUGGAAGAGGUUUGGUAUGCAGCAUUACAGUAAUGCAUAAGAACGGUCAUCUCCUAUAGCUAUGUUUGCAAGCGUGUUGGAAAUCCUGGGAGUUGUUUCGUGUCCCCUCUUAAGGGUUGUAGGUUAGGUGUUACUAAGUAACAUAAUACUAACGUGCAGUCAGCAAAAUCGCAGUGGAGCGACUCUCCUCUCUGCUCAUAUGUGCUGUUUAGUCAUGUCAGGAUGACAGAGGAGCCUUUAUACGCAAACAGGCUUGAGCUUGUCGUGCUGUUUUUGGCGUUAGUUGCUGCGGUGGAUCCUCCUAAUAGGUUACCUUCUAAUGCAACCACUGUGCGGGGAGAGUGAUUUCCCUUUCACGUCAAGGCUGUGCUUUGGAUGCAAGAUGAACGCUGCUUUUGGGGUGGUGAGGAGUUAAGUGACAAGUGGAAGAUAAAUGUCAGUUCUUGCUGAUUGUCAGUGGACUUGGGUUUCUAACUGCCCCCCUACCUUUUGACAAUCUCCGUUUUUUCAACUGGAUUAGGAAAAGUGCAAUACCCGCAACUUGGAGAUCAGCAAAUUGGCAUUGUAGCUGAAAGCGUCCACUGUCUCUGGAACAUCUGUCCCAAAACCAGAAGGUAUGGCUGCCUUAAUACUGGCUGACUAAGUCUUCACUGGCUUCUUUGUGACCUUGUAGGAUUGUAAGGACUUCCCUGAUACUGUAGUCACAGUGCAACUUCCAAAUUUGGGCUUCUUGGAAAAGUCUGUGCAAGAUGGGUGGAAGAAUCUUUGCAGGGGUGACUUUAUGGCAAACCUGCAUCCUCUAACAGCACAUUUGCUGCAUGCAAGUGACAACUCAAGAGAAUCUCUUCAAGGAAUAAAAUUAUCUAUUUUUUGAGGGGACUACUUGUAAAGCCUGACAGUGGCUGUGUUCCCACUUUUUAAAAAAGAAACAAAAAACAAAA